AUGCAGACAAUGGGCGGGGAGCACCUUCUUCUUUCACAGCUAAAGGGGUCUUUCUUUCUCCUACUUUUGGCAUACUUUUUCAGGGGCAGAAGUCCUUAUUACGCACGUUGCUACCGCCGGCUUGCUGUUACACCUGGUGCCAUCACUAUUGCCAUUGCCAUUGCUACAGAUUCAAUUCCGGCGCUUGCAAAGUCCAAAGUUCUGGUGUCGGUUUGUUCUCACACAGAUCCCUGUACAGCGUCUUGUAACCUGAUCCCCUUCCCCCGCCCCUUCUCGAACAGCCUGACGCGCUUCCUCUUUUGUUUGGGCUCGGCCCGUUUUUGCAUUUCCUUUCCCUGUUUUGGAUUGAGUAUAUAA